CAUCAGCAUGGUGUACGUGCUGAUUGGAGCCACCCAGUUGUCUCAGCCGGGCCCUGGGGCCGUAGUGCGCAAUGUCAAGAAGGUGGUGAUACACCCGUACUACAUUUCUGCUGCCAACUACAGCUACGACAUCGCCAUCUUACAAUUGGACCAGCCUGUUCUCUGCAGCCAAUACAUCCAGCUGGCCUGUGUGGCUGACCCUGCCCUAAGGGUCUCAGAGCUCUACAACUGCUGGAUUGUUGCUGGCUGGGGUUACACCACUGAAAAAUCUCAGCAGUCAGCUGAUCGCCUCCAGGAGGCCAAGGUCCAGCUCAUCGAUGUCCAGCUCUGCAACAGCACUGGCUGGCACACAGGGAUUGUGCAACCCCACAACUUGUGUGCUGGUUACCCAGAGGGAAACAUCGACACCUGCCGGGGUGACAGUGGUGGUCCUCUCAUGUGCCAGGACAACAACGCUGAGUACUGGUGGGUCGUUGGAAUAAGCAGCUGGGGAAGAGGCUGCGGCAGACCAAAGUGGCCUGGAGUCUUCGUCUCCACUCAGUACUUCUAUGACUGGAUCGUGUACAACAUGCAUGCACAUGCUAUUGAAAGUGCUUCUUGAGCAGCAGGACAGGCAGGAUCCAGAGCAGGCUGCAGAGUACCUCAACCAUUUCCUGCUGGGGCAAUGCCUGCUGAUCCAAAGGCAGCCUCAGGGUCAAAAACCUGCUCUGUCCUACCCACACUCCUCUCAUCUGCGCACACAGACACUGGAGUUGAUUUAGUUGUUGAAAUAAAGUUCCCUUUGUUCACAACAAAC